CGUCCAGCAUCUUUUGAAGUGUUUUACGUCCAUUGGACGAACGUGUGUGGACUUUAACAGUAGUCGCCUGCAUUGUCAUCAUUCUACUACUAAAACUAAGUUUAAAAAUUGAAUACUCUAAAUUUGAUCACGUCGAGGAUACAUUUGAACCAUCAUGGAGUCAUAUUGCUCUUUUACAUUGGGAGCAUUAUGUCAGCAAGGAUGUGCAUUCAGUCCGAAUGGAAUCAGCAGUCGUAUUUCUUUCAUCUUUAUUUUUAUCUUCACAGUGUUACUAUAUCAGUAUUAUUCUGCUAGUAUAGUCUCGAUCUUAAUCAUGACUCCAGCGAGAUUUAUUAAAACACUUCGGGAUCUGGCUUACAGUACAUUGAUACUUGGAUGUGAAGAUGUUUUAUACAAUCGUGAUUAUAUCAACAAAUUGGUAAAUGAUACAGUCGUUAAUCGAUUGUCAAAGAAAAGUCCCUAUGGCACCGACGCAAGUUUUUAUGUUGAACCGGAAGUUGGCCUUCCAAAAGUGGCAGCUGGUGGAUACGCUUAUCAUGUUGAGCUGGCCACAGCAUAUCCGAUUAUAUCAAAAACAUUUGAUGAGGAUGCAAUUUGUAGUUUGGAUGAAAUUCAAUUGUUUCAACUGCAGCAAAUGCAUCAGCCACUACAGAAAGGUUCAGAGUUUCGUGAGAUGUUAGAUUAUGUUUUGCAUAGAAUUGAUGAGAGUGGAUUGAUGUAUCGGCAGUUAAAGCAUUGGCACGCUAAGAAACCGGAAUGUAUCAGAUCUCGACCGGCAACUUCAUCAGUGAGCAUUGAAGAGUUCUAUCCGGCGUUGAGUAUGUUGUUGUUGGGAAUAUUAUUCAGCGUGUUUGUUUUUAUCGUGGAGCAUAUUAUGCACGUGCAUCAAAUGAAGCAGCAGGAACAAAUGAUGAUUCAGGAUUUGAGGAUUGAUAAGAAGCAUGGUUUAAUUACACGCGUACGACAUUAA